UUUUUCAUCUCUAUAUAAUAACACAAGGGAAGUGAAGGAUCCCUCGCAGAUCAAAUGUGCCCGUUCGUUCACUUCAUCAAUUGCACCGCACAAGCUAUCCUCUUCAUUUUCCUUUUAUUUCAAUCUCUAUAGCUCUCGUUAAUCUCUUCUUUUCUCUCGGUCCUUUGGAGCCUUGUGUUUCAUAUAGUAGUCAAGAUGGCUGGGAUUCCUGUAUGCGUCCAGUGUGGGACGACAGCCAACCCUUUCCGGUGCAAAGUGGUCGGCCCAACUCUUGGGUUCUUGGCGUUUGCUGUGGUGGCGAUAGUGGAAUGGCCGGUGGGGGCUUUUGUUUACCUGUUUAAACACAGGAAGGGACGCAGGAUCAUGGCCCAUCCGGCCGCCGUUGUUUAUCCGUCAGUCACCAGUACAAUACCUAUCUAAUGCUUUCUUAUGAUAUAUGUGCACAACUAUCCUUUUAUUUUUUUUAAUUAGCAGACACGAGUAUCUUGUAUGGGUGUGUAAUGUGCUGUGUUUUUUAUUUCGCCGAUAUCCCGUGGGGCAAACUGCAAUGUUGGUCAUUGUAAUAUGAAAUUUCAUAAUAUAUAAUAAGGAUAAUGUAUAUAAUACUAAUUUUAUCAGGUUCAUAUUUCAAUGGGUAACUCAAAUUCGUUUUUAUAAUAUUGGAGACAUUGGCUGGA